ACUGUCAAGACGCUGUCCGCAUCUUGGAAAGACUCUCGGUGUUUGUUCUACUAAAUAAAGGCGCCUUUACUUGCUGCUGUCAUUUCGUCUGCAGUUUCCGGCCUGUACAUAGAAGAUGAAACGCCAGUCUUCCGUUGCUGUCUUUGCCUGUCCGCCGACUUGCCAAUACGUUAAGAUGUUAGCUGGCUAACUAGCUGAAAAAGAGCAACUAAAUCGGAUUAGCUGCUAACAGCAACCUCCCUUUAGGUAACAUCCAGGUAUUAUUUGCUAUACUUGACAACUGUUACACAGCAAACGGUCGCCUCUGUUUAUUUUUGUUUUUAUCACAUUUCUACAACAGUGUCAAGAUUACUACUUUGUGCUUUAAGUAUUCGCUGGCAUUAAUGUUGCUGCAAGAUAGCUAGGUUAUUAGCUAGUCGUACCACAAGAAGGACUGGAGCUCCUUCGCUAGCUAUUCUCCAGUGUUUGUUGGUAAGAGCAGACCCUAAAACUAGUGCCUCCGACCCCAACCGUAAGUCAAGACGGAGCUGACGGCCAGACUAAGGUGCUAGCUUGUCCUCAGGCUAGCUGGCAAAGAGAGCUGUACAAGAUUUUAACCUCGAAAUUAGCCUCCAGUCGAAGCAAAGAUGUCAGGAAAAGACAAAGAAAAACAAGAGAAACAGUCCACAACAGAGCGGCUGAUAAAAGCUGUGCCAUACCCUCCACAACAUAAGUUGACUAUUAAAGAGCUAUUUGAAGAUGGAAAGCCCAACGCGGAGCUGCUCCGCAACCACCUCGUCAAAGAGGGCAGGGUUGAAGAGGACGUGGCUCUGAAGAUCAUUAACGAUGGGGCCAACAUCCUCCGCCAAGAGAAGUGCAUGUUGGAAGUGGAGGCGCCUAUAACAGUAUGUGGUGAUGUCCAUGGACAAUUCUUUGACCUUAUGAAGUUAUUUGAAGUGGGGGGAUCACCCAGUAACACACGGUAUCUCUUCCUCGGUGACUACGUAGAUCGAGGAUACUUCAGUAUUGAGUGUGUUCUCUACCUCUGGUCGCUCAAGAUCAACCACCCCAACACACUCUUCCUCCUGCGUGGGAACCAUGAGUGCCGACACCUGACAGAGUACUUCACCUUCAAACAGGAAUGUAAAAUUAAAUACUCUGAACGGGUGUAUGAUUCCUGUAUGGAGGCCUUUGACUGCCUGCCCCUCGCUGCCCUGCUCAAUCAACAGUUCCUGUGUGUGCAUGGCGGACUCUCACCAGAAAUCAACUGCCUAGACGACAUAAGAAAAUUAGACAGGUUUAAAGAGCCUCCGGCAUUUGGGCCAAUGUGUGACCUGAUUUGGGCCGACCCUGGUGAGGACUACGGCAGUGAAAAGACAUCUGAACACUUCAACCAUAACUCCGUCAGAGGCUGCUCUUACUUUUUCAGUUACUCAGCAGUCUGUGACUUCUUGGUAAAUAAUAACUUGCUCUCAGUAAUAAGAGCCCAUGAAGCACAGGAUGCAGGGUAUCGGAUGUACAGAAAAAGCCAGACCACGGGCUUCCCUUCAUUAAUCACAAUCUUUUCAGCUCCAAAUUACCUAGAUGUCUACAACAACAAAGCUGCUGUAUUAAAAUAUGAGAACAAUGUGAUGAACAUCCGACAGUUCAACUGCUCCCCCCACCCUUACUGGUUGCCCAACUUUAUGGAUGUCUUCACAUGGUCUUUGCCUUUUGUUGGAGAGAAAGUGACGGAGAUGCUGGUGAAUGUACUGAACAUCUGCUCUGACGAUGAGCUCAUGUCAGAGGUAGAUGACCUAUAUGAAGGUGGCACCUCAGCGAUGCGUAAGGAAGUCAUCCGAAACAAGAUUCGUGCUGUGGGGAAAAUGGCCCGAGUCUUCUCAGUCCUCAGGGAGGAAAGUGAGAGUGUGUUAACACUCAAAGGCCUGACUCCGACUGGAACUCUUCCAAUGGGAGUGUUGUCAGGGGGGAAGCAGACCUUACAGACCGCUACGAUUGAGGCAGCUAAAGCAAAAGCCAUUCAAGGUUUCUCUCCUACGAGGAAGAUUCGUAACUUCGAGGAGGCGCGCGGCCUGGACAGGAUAAACGAGAGGAUGCCGCCUCGCAAAGACGGCCAGCAGCCAGACGGCACCACGAUCAACACUAACACCCCCAACAAGAACGGCACUGGAUAGAAACGCCACCCUCCCAUCUUCACACAGCCCACAAACCCCUGACUCAUAGCCCCCACCCUCUCUCUUUCUCUCUCUCUCUCCGUCCCUCUCUCUCCAUCUGUCGGCUCUACUGAAACUGCGUAUCCAUCUUCUGCUCGGCCGCAGUCGGGCGGGGCAAAGGAAGCGGACACAUCAGUAGAUAAUAAAAACACAAGGAGGCCACAGCGCUGGGAAAACACGUCCAGCUGCUGAACAAAGACAAACAUAUGAUACGAUAUGUUAUCUGGACAAAAAUCUGAUCUUAUUUAUUAAAGAUUAAUUAUAUUAGAUAUAUUGUGUAAUAGUAACAAUCAAUCAAUGAAGACAUUUUGUUCAAAUGUAUCCUGUACACUGAAGUCCUAACUUAUACAUGUCAAAAGUAUGAAAAGUUUUAUAAAUUUGAGCUCAGAUAGAUGAAUCCCUUUUAUCCAGGAGUUUUAGUCACUUUGAGUUUUUUUUUUUUUUUUUUUUUUUUAUUGUGCGCACCACGUGUUUGUUAAGGGAAAAUUUGAAGUAUAAUUACUGUGGCCUCAACAGCCUCAUUUGGAUCUUGCAAGAGUCUUGUCAAGAUAUUUUAGGCGCUUGAGGUUCUACAUUACAGUACAGUGUUUGCUUAUAUGUGUGUGUCAGUUGACAGAUAAAUUAUAUAUGUAUUGAAAGGUGAAAAAAAUAAGGAAGUAAAUUAUGUAAGAACAAUUACUACAAUUUAAUAUUUUAUACUUAAAUCAGAAAUUUAAUGAAGACUUGUAAUCAUAUUUAUAAAUUUUCCACAAAACUUUGAUGAAUCCCCAAAGAUGCUCAAUAGAUUUUUUCUUUUUUGUUCAGUGUUUUCACUUCCAAAGUAACAUCAAGAAAAACUUCUUCCUGUAUUAUCAUUUGUGAAUGAAGCUGUUAAAGUGAAGGAUUAAUGCUUUGUGUGCAAUGAUAGUUGCUGUUGCUGGCUGCUCCUGUGCUGGUAUGACUUGUAUUCACUUGAUGGCAGCUAGGAUGUUCUCGCUCCGCUCAACCAAAAAAAAAAAAAGAAAAAAAAAGGGA